AUGAUCAACGAUGAUUCCAAACCGUGGACGCCAGUCUGCGUAGCAUCGACGGAGCCUCAACUUGAAAGUGGCCCGUUUCCAAACUCUUCUCCGCCAUCUUCGCGCAGUUCUUCUGUCUCAAUCAAAAGCGAACCUGCAGAUGAUCACAAGCCAGCUAGUUUGGAUCCUGCUUGCAACUUUUACAAGAGCGCAGAAUGGACUCCAGAUGGCACCACUCUGUUGACAGACUCAGCAGAUCACUGUAUCAGAACAUACAUUCUGCCGCCAGAUCUACUAGAGAACAAACAAGUCCACCAAUUAUCACCAUACUCAACUCUACCCUCAGCAGAACCAACCUACUCAACAGCUAUCUACCCAUUUUACAACCUCUCAGAUCCAUCAACAACCCUAUUUCUAUCUUCAGUCCGCGACCACCCAAUCCGCCUCUCAUCAGCCCUAGCUCCAACAAACAUGGCAAGCUAUUCAUUGGUAAACCCAAUGACAGAGGUCUACAUAACCCCACACUCAAUGAUAUACCCGUCUAUCCUAGGCGGCACACACUUCCUCACAGGCUCAGACAGUCUCAUCUCCCUUUUCGACAUAUCGAGGUCAGGCAACCAAGGCCCUAUCUCAUCAAUCCCAACAAUCCCCAGUAAGCGCAAGCAAAUCGUCGGCGGCGGCGUCGGUAUGAAGGGCAUUGUGUCAGCGCUGGCAGUCAAUCCCAGUGGAGAUGGAGUUCUCGCUGCUGGCACAUUUACCAGAAACAUUGGGCUUUACAGCUCGAAUGGCUCUGGGGAAUCAUUGGGGACGUUCAGCAUUGCCAAAACAGAAGCGAAUCGCGACAUCGGUGGUCGAGGCGUCACCCAGCUUGUUUGGAGUCCUUGUGGCAGGUAUCUAUAUAUCGCCGAGCGCAAGAGUGACGGUGUGCUGGUUUAUGAUAUUCGUGUCCUUGGCCAGAUGCUUGGUCACCUGCGCGGACGGAAGGCUCUCACUAAUCAGCGCAUGAAGAUUGAUGUUGUUCCCUCUGGUCCUGAUGGUUCCCAUGAAGUCUGGGCUGGGGGGACAGAUGGGUUUAUGAGGGUUUGGAGGGAUCCUAUUUUCUCGGCUGGGGGUAAGGAUCCUGAUUGGGAGUUCAGGGUACAUGACGACGCUGUGACCAGCACCGUUCUUCAUCCUAUGGGCAGUGUUGUUGCGACAUGCUCUGGGCAACGACAUUAUGAUCACGAUUAUUGCUCCGCUGAUGAGGAUAGUCCAGUGACGAAUGCUUGGAAAGUCGAUAAUAGCCUCAAGGUUUGGUCUAUGCCAUUCCUAAACUCAGAGUCUGACGUCGAUCAUGAGUUGGAUGACAGGGAGUACUCUCAGAGAGAAUCCAGUCAUCAAGACGAAAGUCAUGAGGCCAUAGCAUCCAGCUAG